UCGCUGCAUAUAUUGAGUUUUGAGCAUCCAUAAAAUUAAAUUGUAAUUGAAAAACAAUAUGCUUAAUAUAAUGUAUUGCAAUUACACGACUAUUUGUAUUAUGCGAUAUAUUGUAUUUUUAUUGGACCACAAGUUAAAACAAUAUUGUCAAAAAAAUAAAUCUCUUAAUAUUAACAGAAAUUAAAUUAAUUUCGUAACUUAUUUUACGGGACAGGUGGAUGCUUAAGUAGCUCGGUUUAUACAACGGAAUUUUUUGACCUAGGAAGACCUUGUGCUUAGAAGCUGUGGGGAAAUCUCCAUGUUCCUUUUCGCCUCGGCGUUUGCACACACACGCUCACCUUGGACAACAUUUACACCCCACCGACCCAUCAGAUCAAACGCCUCAAAAGUGAAUGAUGCAAAUGGUGUGGGGAGAGAUCGUUGAAAUUAAAUGUGACCCGAACCAGCGGGAACACAGAUUAUUUUUCUCUCAACCAUUAGAAGCUAUAAAAGGAAGAAGAAGCGGUCCUCUGCCCAUCGGGAUCAAAGCAUGAGGAGUUUACGAAGACUUGCGCAUCUAGUCUUGUUUUGCCCAAUGUCUAAAGGACUGCAGAGUCGACUUCCUGCCAUAAAGGUCAAGUACCUGUUUCUGGCUUGGCUUGGUGUCCUGGUGGGAAGCUGGGCUGUCUACAUGCACUAUUCCUCAUACUCGGAACUCUGUCGAGGACACGUCUGCCACAUGGUCAUCUGUGAUCAUUACAGGAGAGGCAUCAUCUCUGGCUCAUCCUGCAAAGCCCAGUGUGAGGACAACACGCUGGUACUGCAGCACUGUCUGUCCUCCUCACCCUCCCACCAGGUAUACAGUGGUGUCUGGAAUGAAAGGUCUGUGAUUAUCAAGUGUGGCGUCGAAGAGGCACUGCGGAUCGAUGGCAGUCCGGACACUGAGCUCAGACGGGAGGUGACGCUGUUUGAUAAGCCGACCCGAGGCACAUCCAUGGACGAGUUCCGGGAAAUGAUUAAUAAUUUUCUCAAGUCAAAUCUAGGGGAACAGGCAUCCCUGGGAAGCCUUGUUGGACACAUCAUUACGUUAGCAGACGUCAACCAGGAUGGCAAAGUGUCUUUGGCAGAAGCCAAGUCCAUCUGGGCCCUCCUGCAGGUGAAUGAGUUCCUCUUGAUGAUGGCAUUGCACGAAAAGGAACACACUCCGAAACUGCUCGGUUUCUGUGGAGACCUGUAUGUGACAGAGCGCGUGGACCACAGCUCUCUCUACAGGCUAGUUGUCCCACACUAUUUACAGUCGCUGGUCCCCAUGGCUCUUAGCGUCAAUGUGAACCAGUGGCUGGCCCCCGCCUGGCCUCGCCGUGCUCGUAUUACAAUCGGCCUGUUAGAGUUCGUGGAGGAGGUCUUCCAUGGCUCUUACGGCAGUUUCUUUAUGUGUGAUACCAGCCCACACCACAUCGGCUACAACAAAAAAUAUGACUGCAGAAUGGCAGACCUUCACAGUGUUGUGUCAGAGAUGGUAGUGCGCCGGUUUCUGAAGGGACGCCGGUGCGAGAAAAACGCCGACUGCACCUACGGGAAGGACUGCACGGCCACUUGCGACAAACUCAUCAGGCAAUGCAACACGGAAGUUGUGCAGCCCAACCUGGCCAAGGUGUGCAGGCUGCUCCAGGACUACCUGCUGUUCGGUGCUCCGCUUGACCUACGGCUGGACCUCGAGAAGCAGCUCCACACGUGCAUGACCCUCAGCGGCCUGGCCAGCCAGAUGGAGGUCCACCACUCUUUGGUCCUCAACAACCUGAAAACUCUGCUGUGGAAAAAAAUCUCCAACACAAAAUAUUCGUGAAGAGGUAGAAGAAGCUUUUUUGCAGUCUUUUGCUGAAAUGUGAGCUGUACUGACUAUCGCAAAAUGAUGAAGUUAAAGCCCUGUGCUGUGUGGACUUUGAGAUUUAACAUCCCAGGAAAGCUUUCUGCGAAAAAUGUAUACUUUGAUUAGUGUUGACCUCAGACUGGAUUUGUUUCAGUGGAUAUAUAGAAAUAUCAAGUCUUACCCCUCUUGAACUAAACAGUUUAGGCUGACAAUUUCAGAUUCUGACUUUGUUUUUCAGUAUCUGAAACUUUCUCAGGGCUGCUUGUGAGUGAUAAGAAUUAUUCAUUGUUCUAGAGAAGACCUUGAGUUAAUUUUUUUAUGAUUAACGCAAUGAACUAAGCUUUCAUACUAUAAUGUUCGACUUCAGUUCCCUCCUGCAAUUUAUAAAUUGCAUUUAUAAUUGCAUGAUGGUCUUGAGGUGUUUGAAAAAAGUGUGUGUGAAAGAGGGAGAAAUCCUUUUGUACAAAACAUUUAAUGAGCGGUUUAAAGCUUUCUGAAGCUACGAAGGUUUUUGAUACUGUUAGCAGAGCAUGUCAAUACACUGUGGAACACUAGGUUCAUACUGAUCGAUCAAUUGCCACAAAGGUCAAAUCCUCAAACAUCACAAUCACUUUCAGCAAUUUUAUAUCAAACGGGCACAUUCUGAAGAAUAUGAAUCUUGCAAUGCAGUGCUGUCAAUAGCCGCCCAUAAUUAUGAGGUACGAAUGAGGACAGUGUAACAGUGCUGUAAACCAGCUAAAAAAAUGUAACGGUACAUCAAACAGUAAAGAUUUAUCAUGAUCCUUUUUUUAAAAGCCAGUCUUAAUCUGUAAUCAUUGUAAUACUAAUAAAGAACUAUUAAAUGCUUUAAAAUUCUGUCAUAAAACUCCGUCUGAGCACAUAAGCAGCCUAUUAAGUUUAUUAAAAUUUAAAUUGUGUUUGGAUUAGAACAGAUUUGUUUUAUGACUCUGACCGGGGAUAUUACGUUACGUUAUAACUGUUACUCGGCAGUGUGUUGCUGAGUUUCUGAAACCUUCAAGACGGACAGUUUUUCCUUUGCUUUAGUAACAUAUACUAUAUGAAAUAUACUAACAUUAGACUAUUCUUUUGCUUCUCUCUCUGUUAUGAUUUCUGAUCUAAGUCGGUGCUCUGUUAGAGUUGGCUACAUUGCUUAUGUGUUAACUAUUUGAAUCUUUUAGAAAACUAUUUCUGAAACACGGUUAUUUGACAUGGGAUGUUUAUUAAAUAUGUGAAAGUAUAAUAUUCCACCUAAACAGUGUAAGAAGAUGUUUUCACAUGUGUGAAUGGGUUGCAUUUAGCCAUUUAUGUAAUAUGUUUAAGUAAUAUGUGAUUAUGUCUCCCUGGGGAACUGGAAGAGGCUGAUGUAUGAUGUUAUAUAGAUUUUGCCUUUAGAGUUUUUUAAGGAAAAGAAGAUGAGAGAUGAAGCUGCUUUGUAAAGUGUCAUUGCUGUUUCAGCUGGGACACUGGCACCUCCAGCUCUGAAUAUACAAGAAAGCUGAACUGAAGCUACUCCCACAUAGUUAUAGCAAAGAAACCUUUUAUCUUCGUUCACCUUUGGAUAAAAGGACCAAAAUAUGUAGUUUAACAAAUAAAAAAACCUUGAAAAAAUGUAAGUUUUCCAUUCUGCAGGUUAUAUAAAUACCAGUUUUUAUUUAGAAAUAAUCAUGAUAAAAAAAAUGUGUACAUUAUCAUACUUUCUGUGAUUAAACUGCUACACCAAUCUCAGAAA